AUGAGGUCUGUGUGUCUGCAGGUGUAUAGUGAGAGUGUGAUUCCUCGUAUUGCAAAGGCAGCCAGUGGAGUGACAGGGACACCCUACAAUGAGCUGAUGAACUCCUGGGGUGUCUACUUUCUUGGCUUUGUUGGAAAGUACGGCUAUGACAGGAUACUCAAGGUGCUGGGCCGUCAUGUGCGUGAUUUUGUCAAUGGCCUUGAUAAUCUUCACGAGUACCUGCGCUUCAGCUACCCCAAAGUGCAGCCUCCAACCUUCUUCUGCCAGGAGGAGUCAGCCACUGGAGUCACCCUCCACUACAGGAGUAAGCGCAAAGGCUACCUGCACUAUGCCAUGGGUCAGCUGAGGCAGAUGGGGAAACAGUUCUACGACACUGACAUCCAUGUGGAGGUGCUAUCUGAGCAGAUGGUUGGAGACUAUUCCCAUGUCACCAUGAGGCUUAACUUUGACAACUCAGCCUACCGUUACAUCAUGAAGGAGGAUGAGGAGGAGCAGGAAAUUUUGCCCAUCACCUCUGACUUCUUCUUCGAGGUCUUCCCCUUUAACAUAGUCUUCAGACAGGACAUGGUGGUGCACAACGUCGGCUCAGGCUUGGCUACAGUCUUCCCUGAUCUGGAUGGGAAGAAGAUCAAUGAUGCCUUCUUGCUGGCUCGCCCCCUAGUGGAGUUCACCUGGAACAUGAUCAUCUCCCAUCCCAACAACUUAUUUGAGAUCAUGUCCAAGGAGCCCGUGAAGAGAGAGAGGAACCUUCACAACCGAGUCCAGAAUUCGGACUAUGAAAAUGCCAAUCGCUCUGCUGACGUAGAUGUGGAGCUCAUGGCUUUCCAGUCCAUCAUUGGAGAUGAUUACAAAGACGGUAACAGCGCUAAUGCAAUGGAGAGCUGGGGCGAUGGGAGCCGCUGCCUCAAACUAAAAGGACAAAUGAGAUACAUGCCAGAGUGGGAGUCCAUCAUCUUCCUGGGAACCCCUGUGAUGGAGAGUCUCAGUGCAAUGUUUAAGACUGGCCUGUACAUCAAUGACCUGAGCAUGCACGACUCCAGCAGAGACCUGGUGCUGGCGGGCACACAGCAGUCAGAGGAGCUGAAGAGAGCUCUCAUACAGGAGCAGAAGAAGUCCAGUAAGCUGGAGGAGAGCAUGAAGAUGUUGGACUAUGAGAUGAAGAAGACUGAUGACCUCCUGUACAGGAUGAUUCCCAAACCAGUGGCUAAACGGCUGCGCAAAGGAGAGCCGGCUGUAAACACUUGUGAGGUGUUCCCAGAUGUGACCAUUCUCUUCAGCGAUGUAGUGGGAUUCACUCGCAUUUGCAGCCACAUCACUCCAAUGCAGGUGGUCUCCAUGCUCAACACCAUGUACACGCUGUUUGACACGCUCAGCGAGAAGCACCGCGUCUUCAAGGUGGAGACUAUUGGAGAUGCCUACAUGGUGGUGGCCGGGGCUCCAGAGAAGACAAAGUAUCAUGCUCACAACAUCUGUGACAUGGCCCUGGACAUGGUGCGCUCCAUAGAUCACCUGAAAGAUCCUUCCAAUGGCAACAACAUACAGAUCCGUGUUGGCAUCCAUUCUGGAAUGGUGGUGGCAGGUGUGGUGGGACACAAGAUGCCACGUUACGGUCUGCAUGGUGACACGGUCCACACUGCAUCUGCUAUGGAGAGCAAUGGAAAGGAGAUGCACAUUCAGCUCAGCAGCGCCACCUACGAGCACCUGAAAGGAAGUCAUUUUAUCUUUGAAAGGAGGGGCACCAUCACCAUCAAGGGGAAUGUUGAAAUCGAGACCUACUGGCUGAAAGGAAAGAGGGACAAAGAUGGGAAUGCUCAGGCGGCAUGUCCUCAGUUUGAAACCCAGACCAUCAGUAAAGCCAUCAGCAAGGCCAAUGUCUCAGGGCCUGAGGCCACAGGAGAUGAGGAGGGGCUGGUUUUCCCAGUGGUGGCGGGGCAGGACGAGGAUGAUGUCAAGUCUGUUCGCUCUCAUCAUAUCAAGAUGGAGAUAUCAGGUCAUUCUCUGGAGGAGUCGAUGGAGGAGUGUCGGGUGGAGGAGAUGUCGGUUCAUAAGUCCCACUACAAGGAUGCUUUGCAGGACGGCCUCCAGGACGCCCACCUGGAACUGGACUCACCUGGGUCUGACAGCAGAGACUCCAUCAUGGAGUCUCGUGCCAGUUCCUGUGACUCGCGCUGCUCAAAGAGUGCCACGUGCUCCAUAUCGUGAACCAACAUACAAGAUAGGUGGUGCUAUAGCCGGUGAUUUAAUUUGUCUUAACUGUUUCUAAAGCGCUUUAUAUAAAACUCCAUAAAUGUUAGGUCAAAUGUCAGAUAGGAAUGCCAUUUUUGCUGUUAUUUGGCAUUCUUGUAGUAAUGCCAUGAAAAUCUGCAUCGAUUUGUACAUGGUGUAGUCUGUAAUGCUUGAAAUUGCUAGUAGCCUUGUGUGGUGUUUUGUUGCACAGCUAAAUCAUCAGUACUUAUUUAGCUCUGACAAUACAGAAAUAAACUGUAGCUAUCAUUGUAUGAUUCACACUUAGAUCACAGUCAGACACUUCUCCAGUUAAUACCUCAAAUACAUCAGAUGUCUCAGAGGAAUUGCCAUUAAAGUGUUGUAACCAUUGUAUAACAUGUUUUAAAACCAAAAAGUGGUCACUGCCACAUAGUUCAGCUGCACACAAGCUCAGUAAUUUCCUGUUUGUUCUGCUACACCUUGUAGAUUUGACAUCUUGUUUCAUCCUUUGGAUAAAUCCCUCUGUAUCUCUCCCCAGUCCCACUCCCUCAUCUCUCCUUCAUCCUGCAUGUCUGGAUUCAUUGUUCUAUAUCAGUCUCGUCAAAUACACAGCC